CCAGGCAACACAGCGCCCUCUUCUCCCUCCCUCCUUUUCUCCUUCCUUUCCUCCAUCCCUCCCGUGCCUCCCGUCCCGGGCUCGUCCCCUCUCAGGUGUCCGCGCUCCCCCCGCACCUGCGGGGCCGGGCCCAGGUGAGCGGGAUGAGCUGCAGGAGCCUGGUCCGUCCCGCUGGGUGGAAGAGAGCGGAGUUUGUCCUCCUUUCUCCACGCCAAGGGAAAAGGCCGCGUUCCUCCGGUGAUGCCGCCGGGUGAGCACAGGAAAUGUCACCCGAGGACCUCUCCGCCCUGCUCUGUGGGGAAGGCGACGAGCGCCUCUCCCAGCAGGAAUUUCCAGCAGCCACUGCUUUUUACCUGGCUGCCUUCAGCUGCUCUGCCCCCACGGCGGUGCAGAGAGUGAACUCGCUGUGCCGCGGGCCCUGGGAGCGCGUGGUGGCCACGCUGGAGGCCUGGUGCACCGGCCGGGGGGACAUCCCCAGGAUCCAGAGCAGGAACCUGGCCGCCGUGUCCCUCAGCGUGGGCAUAGCCGCGGUUUUCCUCUCCACCCUGCUCCCCAGCAGCGUGGCGGCCUCGGUGUACGAGCUGGAGGCCCUGCUGCAGCGCGGGCGAUGGGAGGAGGUGGUGAACAAAUCCAAUCUCCUGCUGGAGGCUGAUCCCAAGGCUUCCAUGGAGCUGCUGCUGCUGAGGGCGCUGGCGCGGGUGCUCUCAGGGACACAGGCUGGCGAGGGAAUCCUGGAUUACGUCCAGGCCUUUGUGCUGCACCGAACCGAGGCGGCAGCCUACGUGUGCAGCAGGCAAAGGGAGCACCUGCCCCGCGUGGUGCAGGCGUUCUGUGAUCACCUCUCAGGGUGGCAGGGGGAGAGCCCAGGCUGUGGCUCCUCGGAGCAGUGGCUGGGGGAUUGCUACGGGUUCCUGGCUGCCGUGGCUCCGGGGCAUCCCUGGGUGUGCAGGGCGCGGGCAGCUCACCUCCUCAAAACAGGGCACUUUCAGGAGUGCGUGGCUGCUUGCACCAAAGCCCUCGAGGGCUUCUCAGCUGAGGAUCUCAGGGGUGAGGAUGUUCUGGCUCUGCUCCUGGAACGCGCUGCUGGGUAUUUCUUCCUGGGCGGGUGGACGCAGGAAAUGAUGCAGGAUUUAGCAGCGGCCUUUGCAGCAGACCCUGCCUGGGCGAUGAAACGCUUUGAAGAGCUUUUCUCACCCUGUGACGCUGAGAAGAUCGAGGAGCAGGCCAGAGCUGCCCUGGAGGGGAGGUUUGCAGCGUACAGGGAGGCUGUGCGUGCUCGGGCUGAGCUCAGGGGCAGCUGUGGCACGGAGCUGCUCCCUCCUGUCAUCCAGACAAUCCAGCUGCUCCUGCACAUCUGCCCAGGGUCCAGCCGGGAGCUCCGUGUCCGCCUGGCAGAUUGUCACCUCCUGCAGGGACAGCCCGGGGCCGCCCUGGAGAUGUGUGAGCAGCUGCUGGCAGCAGAGCAGAGCACGUACCACAACACCCUGCUGGCACUGCGAGGCUUCUGCUCCCUCCACGCCCAGGACCACCACGGAGCCCUGCAGGACUUCCAGAGGGUCAUCGAGGACGAUUCCCCACAUCCCAGCAGCUGCAUCAAAGCCCUGUGUGGCCGUGGGCUGAUCCGCAUUUCUGGUGGCAGCAAUUACUUGACAGCCCUGGAUUAUAUCACAGCUUGCCAGCUAAAGCUGGAAGAAACCAUCUUCACCAUCAAGUCCUACGUGCCGUGGAACCAGAGGGGGUUGCUGCUGAAAGUCCUCCAGGAGGAGGGACAGAUGAUGCUCCAGAAGAAGAGAGAUGCCCCUGGGGUUUUCCAGCUGGCUUCUCUCCUGGUGGAGCUGGACAGCUCUGACGAGGCGUCCCGGAUCCUGUGUGCUGAUGCUCUGUACCAGAUGGGCCGAGGGGAAGAAGCCCACAAGAUGCUGUCACUGGCCCUCUCCAGAAACCCCCAGAGAGCUCCUGUGCUGGCCAGGCUGGCCCUGCUGCAGCUCAGGAGAGGCUUUGUGCACGAUGGCAACCAGCUGCUGAAGAGACUGAUCAGAAUUGGAGACUCCUCGUGCCUCCUGCCAGUCCUGGACAUUUUCCAGGACGAGGAUCGGAGGCUGCUGCAGAGCCACUGCCGCUGGCGAGCCCUGGCCAUCCUGCAGGGCACACAGGAGGGUGCUGCCAUCAAAGAGGCCAUUGCCCACCUGUCCUUUGCCAUCCUAGCUGCAGGUGGUUAUGCUGAGGAUUGUCUCCUCGCCAGGGCCCGAUGCUACGGGCGCCUGGGGCAGAUGAAAACGGCGAUUUUUGAUUUUAAUGCUGUCCUGAAGGAGGACCCCAGGAAUGUGCAAGCUCUGAGCGGCCGAGGGUUUGUUCACCUCGCUCUGAGGCAGCAGAAGGAGGCAGUGCAAGAUCUGAUCUCAGCCCUGAAGGUGGAGGCAGGAGCAGUGAUCCCAGCAAUCCUGUCCUUGAAGCCUGAAGCCCAAGGCUUGGUCACUGGGUGGCUCCUCCAGCAUGGCAGGGCUGCCCUCACCGAGCUCGUGGCCACCAAAGAGCUCCCAGGAGGAGAAACCCUUGGGGACCUUCUCAGGAUGGCAAAAGCACUGACCAAAAUCUGCAGGGCUGCACAACAUCACAUCUUCUACGCCGAUGUUUUGAUGGCAAAUGGAAGGCACCAAGAGGCCCUCAAGCACCUGCAGGAAGCCUUUGGCCCCUGUCCUGCUGAGGACUUUGCCAGGGCUCGCUUGGCCGUGCUGCAGCUGCAGAGCAGGAGCGUGGCAGGGGCAGCUGCCCCGCUCAGUGUCCUGGCCAGGAGAGAUGAGAAGGACCUGGCUUUUCUCCUCAGCUUCGUAGACACCAAGCAACAGCAGCACCUCGCUCAGGCAGCAGCCCAGGAGGGGAAGGUGCUGAUGAAAAGCCACCACCACGAGCAGGCUCUGGGCUACCUCAGCCUGGCCGUGCUGGCCAGCAGGGACAGCCCCAGGCACCUGCGGCGCAGAGCUGCCUGCCUGGUGCACCUGAAAAAAUACGAAAAGGCUCUGAAAGACAUGGAAAAAGUGAUGCAGGGGCACGGCUGUAACAGCCCAAAAACACGGGCUGGGGACCACUGCUGCCAGGGCUUCCUGCUGCUGGCCCUGGCUCAGGAGGAGGCAGCAGUGCAGCAUUACAUGCAAGCCCUGCAGCUGGACGAGCCCCUGGCCCUGGGCACCAUCACUAACUGCCCUGGCAGGGAAUCUUUAACCAAAACUUUUCACAAAAUUGCACAAUGUAACCUUGAAAAGCAGCGUUACGAAGAGGCCUGGAAAAUCACAGACUGUGGGCUUAGAAUUGAUAAAAGUUCUGAGCUCCAGAAGCUGAAAGCAAGACUCAAAAGAGAGGCGUCGGGCUGUAGCAUACAUUGAUUUCUCUGUUUGGGGAUUUUCCAGUCUGAUUGCUUUCUGGGAGGCUGCAAAAUGAAGGAAAGAUGAGAAAGAUAAGAAAGAUGAGAAGCUCAUGAUAAAUAUGCAACAGACGUGGCACUGAACAUGGGACAGCAGAAUUAGGAGUAGAAAGUUUGAGGCAGCAAAACAAAACUGACCAAGAGAGUGAUGAGGGAAAAAAAGCAAAUUGCAGCAUUCAGGAUUCCUUAAAAAUAUUGUGGAUUAUGUAAACUCCCCACUGUGAAAAAAACCCUUUUUUUUCUGGCUAAACAGGGAAUUCUAACAGAGGGGUUCCAGUCCUACUGAAGGCAAACAUUCAAAUCACUCGCAGCUCAUGAAUAGUAAUCGUGCAUUUCCUAGCAAGUAUUUGAUGAGCUUUAACAUGUACUGUUCAACCAAUUGGCCUUAUUUUUAUGGGCCAGACAAAAGGAUCAGUCAAGAGUAUCUCCUGUAAGGUGUUUGUGAAGGAUUUGUGUUCAACCCUCUCCUGCCCCACUCCUGGGUGAAGGAUCUGCCCUGGUGGGAGUGCAGUGGGAUGGGGCAGCACAAACACCAAAUAAACUGCUCUGCUGCCCCAGGGAGCAGUGAAAUCAUUGAUGAGGUGAAGGCUGAGACUCAGCAGAGAUCAAACAUCCAUUCCAGGGACUCCUGCCCUGAUACCCAGGGCACACAGGCAGCUCCACUCCAGGUUUCACCCUGUGUCUCCCUGUGGCAGGGCAGAGAACAGGGAUCAGCUCUCCUCAGGGAGCUGCUGAAUCCCAUCCCUCACACUCCCGGGUGUUCCAGCCCCAGAGCCAGCCCUGCAGCUCAUCCAGACGUGGUGAUGCACAAGGAGGAGGCUGAGGCAGCAUCCGAGAUGGGGUUGCUCCCAGUGCUGCAGCGUUCCUUCCUCCUCCUCCUCCUCCUCCUCCUCCUCCUGCUCCCUGCUGGACAGCCCUUGGCAGGCUCAGGAGGGCUUGUCCUGCUGUUUUCCAGCUUUCAGGGAGAUCCAGAGCAGUGCUGGGACAUCCCUGGGGAUUCACUGUGUGAUGGGAGCCCUCAGCUCAGUCCAGACGCAGAAAGAACCCCAGAGCUGCAGCUCCUUUCUUUGUUUUGGCUGCUCCAAAGGAGCUGUCCCCAUGUUUUUGGAGUGUGAUAAUAUAACCAUGGAGAAAAACAGAAACCACUGCUGAAAACAAAGAUUAAAGCAGUGCUGAGGACUGCUCUGCUGCUUUGAUUAGGAUGAAAGGGAAGAGGGAGUAUUCUCUUUUUUGUUGUGCUGUUGUCUCAAAGGCAACAUUCCAGGGUGGAACUCCAUUCAGCAGCCACGGGAUCAACCCACAGCAAUGGAACCCACCUGGAACCUUCCACCUUUUCCUCUUCUCUUCAUGCUCCUUUUUUCUGCCCUAAGAGCACAGGUAAAACUGGGCUUCUUGCCCUUCAAAUUCAAUUUUAAUCCUAGUGACACUGAUGAGGAUUUUUCCCCCUAAUGGGCAUCAAGAUGCUGUUGGGAGAGCUUCUUUCCAAGCAUGAAAUUAUAUCCUUAAACAACUGUUGGCUCCAUUUGCAAGCUGAAAAAAAGAAAUUUGAUCAUGUUUUCCUUCAAGUAGUAACCAACAGACAGGAAAUUCUCUGUCUCGACAAAUUUUUGAGAGGUGGUUGUUUAGGGCUUUGGAAUUUUUUCUGGAAGAGUUUCCAUUAUGUAAAAACAAGAUAUUUUUUCAGACCAUGGAAAGCCCUGGGAAGACAAUCCAGUUGUCCUGUCCCCCAGAGUAAUAUUCCCUCUGUUAGUCUGGAAGUUCGGGGCAUUUUGGGCCUGGUUUUUUUGUAUUCUCCUGGACAGAAUGCAUUUAUUGCUCCUCAAGAUAUUUUUUUCAUUAAAAAUAAGGACCAGGCAUCCCUGCAAGACUGCUAGAGAGUUAUCCUGAGGAAAAAUUCCUUUUCAGGUGACUGCCUGUUCCUCAUGGCCUUAAGGAAUGGCUGCUUCUCCCAGCAGCUCCUGACUCUUCCCACCAGCAUUUUCACUGGUUUCUUUCAUUUUCCUUGUCCUCUCUCUGUGCCCACUAAAGUCCUUUGUCUGUACCCAAGCUUCUGAUUUGUUCUUUAAUUCUCUGUUGUGUUCUACUCUGUCCCUGGAACCAGGUGAGCUUUAAAGUCCCUCCCAACCCAAACCUGUCCAUAAUCCAUAAUUCUAUGAUUAGAUAAAACCCAUUUUUAAACAAACAAACAACAACAACCGGUUCUACUUCUUCCAGAUUGAAGGAAAAACCUGCAGUGAUCAUUUCUGUACCUUUUUCUUUAAUGUUCAGCUGCAAUUCCUGGGGAUUGUGGAGCUGUCUCCCACUGCUUUGAGACCCUUCCCUCACCCCGUGCAAGCAGCCUAAGGCUGAAUAUUUACUAAAGGAACUUUAUUGCUCCUUGUACAAUGUGCUGUAGGACAUACCUUCAAGGAAUUCUGCUGUAAAUGUCACACAACUGCGAAGAAUUCAAAUAUAUUUAUAUUAAUCAAGAUUAAUGUAAUCAAGAAGAAAAUACGGCCUAAUAAAAGAUGAAACUGGAUACCUGUUUGUAAUCCAGCUUGCAGCUGCAGUCAUUAAUUAAUUACAGCUUAAAUAGCUGUUGUUUAUUCAGCUCUGAGCUCUAUACACUACCAACUAUUUCUUUGCUCCCCAUAAAUCUUGUUCCUUUAAAGGAUUCUGCAACCUUAAUAACCGUGUUGCCCAUCAUCACCAGGUAAUGAACAGUGAAAGAAAACUGUGAAAUCAUGGUUGAGAAUGUUCCUGCACAAACAGUGCCCUGCCAGGCUUGCCCCUCUGAAGUAUUCAACAUUCCUUCUAAGUGUGUGAAAGGAAAAUCAGAUGUGAGAAUAUUUGCAUCACAAACAGAGUUAGACAAGGGAAGUUUCCUGACCUCAUGCUCCGCAGUCCAGCAGGCAAAGAACAGCUUAGAAAUGAUGGCAAAGUGUUUGGAAUUAAAUAUUCCACUGGAAGCUUUUCCUUAGAGCUCAGGCUGAGCUAAACUUUGAGCUUUUGUGAUCUCAGAAGGUUCAAUUUCCUUUUAAACCCUAUCACUCCCAUUAAUUUUUCCUAUUCCACUUCUCCGUGUGCUCCCAGGUACUGAGGGAAUCUAAACACACGAACCAACUUCUGCAGCUGCUUGGGAAGCUGACACACCUCCAGGGAAUUCAUCUUCCUGCCUUUCAGCUGAAGUUUUUGUGCCUCCCAGCUUCAGAGCGUGGUGGAAGCGUGGCUCUGGAUCAGAGCCAUGCAAACCUGGGAAUUUAAUGAGCUUCCCUGUGCCCAGUCCCCUUGGCUUGCAGGGCAGAUGUUUCACUCUAAUGACAGCUAAUCUAAAAGCCAUUUCUUUUACCAUCAUAACCCUGCAGAAGAUUCACUGUUAUCCUUGUGCUGCUGCUGCAUCCAGCAGUUUCCAAUUUGCCAGGGCUCCGAGGAGUCGCUGUCAUCAGAAAUUUCAUGUGUUACAUGAAAUUAUCACUGGCACUGGAGCCUGCCUUGGGAGUCUUGGCUGCUUCAGCUGCAUUUCAGCCACGCUGGUCUGUGCUGGGCUCUGCUGCUUCACUCAGCCAUUACUCAGUGGCACCUUAAGAAAAGUUCAUUAUUUAGGAGGCACAGCAUUCCAGAGCUGUGGGAUUCAGGAGACUCCUUCCCCUCCUGUUCCUGCUGUGGAUUUCAGGAAUGACUUUUCCAUAUCCAUUUGUUCUGUCAGUGCUGCAGAGGCUGCACCUGCCCACAGGUGUGUACAGACAACCCUGGGCACAGCAGCAGGGGUU